CCUUCCGUCCCGUCCCGGCCAGCAGCGGGGCUGCCGCCUGUGCCCGCCCCGGCGGCCCUGCUCGGGGUCGUCGUCGUCGUCGUCGUCGUCGUUGUUUUCCCGUCCCGCCUCUCCGCUCCUCUCGCUCCCGGGCUCGGCAGGAAGGUCCCGCCCGCCGGGCUCGGUAGCAGCCGCUCCCAGCCGCCGUCCGUGCCCGGCUCGCCGGUGCCGUCGGGUGUGCAGAGACCCCCGUGCGGACGCUCCGGAACCGGCUCUGUCGGCUCCGUCGGGGCGGGCGCUGCCGCAGCGGUGCGGGGCCCGUCCGGAUCCUGCCCUGGGUGCGGGUGUGUGUAUGUGUGUGUGUGCAGCAGCCCGGGGCAGCUCUUCCCCCCCGGCCGUGCUGGGUCCCGCAGAGCCGGCUGAGGUCAGCGGGGCUGGCGGGCGGCCCGCAGCAGCGCCGUGCCCUGGGCAGGGCCGGGAGGCGGCUGGGUGCGGGCGCUCGAGGCUUGGGAGCAGCGAUCCGGGCUGGGAGGAGGAGGCAGCCAGCCCUGCCCGGGGUGCGGGCACCGGGGAGCCGGGAUGCGGCUGUGCUGAGCGCAGGGAUUGCUCCCAGCACGGACGCGUCCGGAUACUGCUGGUGAGGGCGAGCGAUCGCGGGCGGAGCGAUGUCGGAGGCGGUGGAUCUGUCCUUCCUGUCGGAUGGGGAGAAGGAUUUGAUCCUGCAGGUCCUGCAGCGCGAUGAGGAGCUCCGCAAAGCAGAGGAGAGGAGGAUCAGGCGCCUCAAGAACGAGCUGCUGGAGAUCCGUCGGAAGGGGGCCAAGCGCGGCAGCCAGCGCUACAGCGAGCGGACGUGCGCCCGCUGCCAGCAGAGCCUGGGUCGGGUCAGCCCCAAGGCCAACACUUGCCGGGGCUGCAACCACUUGGUGUGUCGGGACUGCCGCUCCUACGGCCCCAACAGCUCCUGGCGCUGCAAAGUCUGCUCCAAAGAGGCCGAGCUGAAGAAGACAACAGGCGACUGGUUCUAUGACCAGAGGGUCAACCGCUUCGCCAACCGGCUGGGCAGUGACAUGGUGCGGCUGUCCCUGCGGCACAAGGCGGCAGCCAGCAAAAGGGAGACCGUGGGACAAACCCUCCUCCAGAAAGCCCAGCUUGGCGAGCCCAAAAGCUCUUCCCCAGUGCAGAAGCAGAGCCCCCCAGCACCCCGCGAGGGGCCCAGCUUGUUUCCAGAUGCCUCAGACCCUCGGGAUGGCAAAAGCGACACAGAAUCCAUGGAAAACAUGAGCCUGGAUGGCUACAGACCGAGUCCUGGUGGGCUGGGGGGCAGGAGCAACUCCCUGGAGAGAGCCACCCCAUUCCGAGAUGGAAAACAGGUUGCUGCACCAGCAGGACCUGCUGCCUCCAGCCUGACCCUCCCUCUCCGCUCCAAGCAUGUGUUCUCCGGACGGGAUGCUGCCGUGGAGAGCCGCAGCAGCGCCUUGGUGGAUGAGCAUGAGAUGAUGUUCAAGAAGAACCCCCGUCGGGUGGUGAGGCCGGCGGACUACACCAAGUCAGUGAUCGACCUGCGCCCCGAGGACCUCGUGGGGGAAGGUGGCUCUUUGGGGGACAGGAGCAAGUCGGUCCCUGGCCUCAACACGGAGCUGGAGGAGGAAGAGGAGGACAUCGAUAACCUGGUGGAGAUCCAUCGCCAGAGGGUGGCCCGGAGCAGCAUGCGCAGCGGCACCUCCUCGAGCACACUGGGGAGCAUGGUCAGCAUUUACAGCGAGGCCGGGGACUUCGGCAGUGUCACGGUCACGGGGGGCAUCUCCUUCUCCUUGAGCUACGAGCAGAAGACACAGACUUUGUUCAUCCACGUGAAGGAGUGUCGCCAGCUCGCCUAUGGGGACGAGGGCAAGAAGCGCUCCAACCCGUAUGUGAAGAUCUACCUCCUGCCCGACAAAUCCCGGCAAGGGAAGCGCAAGACGACCAUCAAACGCAACACCAUCAACCCCCUGUACAACGAGCUGCUCAAGUACGAGAUCCACAGGUCCCUCCUGCCCGAGAGGACGCUGCAGUUCUCGGUCUGGCACCACGACCGCUUUGGCCGCAACACGUUCCUGGGCGAGGUGGAGGUGCCGCUGCACGCCUGGGACUGCCAGAGGCACCUGGAGGAGUUCCUGCCCCUGCACGGCAAGAUUGGGGCGGAUGCUGCUGGUCUCCACCAGUACAAGGGGGAGCUGGUCGUCUCCAUGAAGUACAUCCCGUCUCCCAAGCACCCUGGGGCAGGGAACAGCAGGAAGGGCAAAACAGGGGAAGGUGGUGAGCUCCAGGUCUGGAUCAAAGAAGCCAAGAACCUCACAGCUGCCAAAUCCGGGGGGACCUCGGACAGCUUUGUCAAGGGCUACCUCCUGCCUCACAAGACCAAAGCCUCCAAGAGGAAGACGCCCGUGGUGAAGAAGACCCUGAACCCUCAUUACAAUCACACCUUCGUCUACAACGGCAUCAACCCCAAGGACCUGCAGCACAUCUGCCUGGAGCUGACGGUCUGGGACCGGGAGCCACUGUCCAGCAAUGACUUCCUUGGGGGUGUCCGUCUUGGAGUGGGCAAUGGCAUGAGCAAUGGGCAGGCUGUGGACUGGAUGGACUCCACAGGCGAGGAGCUGAACCUGUGGCAGAAGAUGUGUCAGUACCCAGGUUCGUGGGCAGAGGGGACCCUCCAGCUCCGCUCCACCAUGGCCAAGCUGAAGCUGUAGGCAUCAGGACUCGGGCAUACACCCAUUGUAUGGUGCGGCAGAGUUGCCAACCGUGGGGUGUUCUGUUUCAUCCUUACACUUUAAUAAACAUGAUCUCUUCUAAACAGGCUUGGGCAGAAAGUCUUCUUGGCCCAGCUUCGUUUAAAGGGUUUUCCUUUAGUCUUAA